UAUUGUUAACUUCAGCAAAACCAAGAGUCUUUAUAGAGAUGGGAUGGCCCCUAUGGUGAAAUCUACAAGCAGACCAAAAUGGCAAAGGCUGCCACCUAAAAAUGUUUACUACUACCGUUGCCCGGACCAUAGGAAGAAUUAUGUGAUGUCCUUUGCAUUUUGUUUUGACCGAGAAGAAGAUGUUUACCAAUUUGCCUACUGCUACCCAUAUACAUACACCCGCUUUCAGCAUUACCUUGACAGCCUGCAGAAGAGAAACAUGGAUUAUUUCUUUCGGGAGCAGCUGGGCCAGAGCGUGCAACAGCGGCAGCUUGAUCUCCUAACAAUAACCAACCCCGACAAUCUUCGGGAAGGGGCAGAGCAGAAGGUGGUAUUCAUCACGGGUCGAGUCCACCCAGGGGAAACACCCUCUUCCUUUGUGUGUCAAGGGAUCAUUGACUUCCUCAUAAGCCAGCACCCAAUUGCUCGUGUCCUGCGGGAACACCUGGUCUUCAAGAUUGCACCAAUGCUCAACCCUGACGGAGUCUACCUGGGCAAUUACAGGUGCUCUCUGAUGGGGUUUGACCUGAACCGUCACUGGCUGGAUCCCUCUCCAUGGGCCCACCCUACCCUGUAUGGGGUAAAACAGCUCAUCAUCCAGAUGUACAAUGAUCCAAAGACGAGCCUGGAGUUCUAUAUCGACAUCCACGCCCACUCCACCAUGAUGAAUGGCUUUAUGUACGGCAAUGUCUUCGAGGAUGAGGAGCGCUUCCAGAGGCAGGCCAUCUUCCCCAAGCUGCUCUGCCAGAACGCUGAGGACUUCUCCUAUUCCAGCACAUCCUUCAACCGGGAUGCCGUGAAGGCAGGCACUGGCCGCCGCUUCCUCGGUGGCCUCCUGGACCACACUUCCUCCUGCUACACCCUGGAGGUCUCCUUCUACAGCUACAUCAGCGGGGGCACCACUGCUGCGGUGCCCUACACCGAGGAAGCCUAUAUGAAGCUGGGGCGGAACGUGGCCAGAACGUUUUUGGAUUAUUAUCGGCUGGACCCCAUGGUUGAGAAAAUGGCGAUUCCCAUGCCAAGGCUGCGCUCAACAACACUGGUGCCGGCUUCCCAAGGAUUCUCUCUGUCCUCAGACCUGACGCUGAACCAGAGACCACUGGAGAGAUGAGACCAGCGGGUGACAUGGUGAACCUUGCAUACAGAAGGUGCAGUGCUGUGGAUAUAAUUAACAUCACUGUGUAGUUGACACCAGGGAGCACCCCUGA